AUGGAUGUCUACGAGUCGGCUGACGGCACCGGCUUUCAGCUCCAGUCCGGCAGUCGGCGUACAGGCCGCCGUCUGGGCUCAGUGCGUGAUCCGGGCAUCUUCCGGAACACGGACGGGUUGUACUACCUCACCUACACGACGGGUGGUGGGGCGAAUAUCGGGUUCGCACGCAGCAGCGACCGCAUCAACUGGACGCCGCUGGGGAACUAUCCGGUUCCGGUUUUUGCUUGCGCCUUGAUGCCUGGCACGGGAGAUGGCACUGGCUCUGCGAGCCUCCCGGGCUUCCGGGUUCGGCUGGUUUCCAGCGACGGACCGUCGCUGUCACCAUUCGUCACCAAGGCCUGGGGCGCC